AUUUCGUGGUGGUGGAGACGGUGGACUUCCAGCCUUCGGAGCAAGGGAACUUUCCUCCCCCCAUGACCCCCGAGGAACUGGGCGCUCGGAUUCUGAUCCAGGAGCGCUACGAAAAGUUCAUGGAGAGCGAGGAAGUGGAGAUGGAAGUGGAGUCGGACGACAAAGACGAGAAGCAAGAAAAGACUGAGGAGGGACCGUACCAGUUAGACCAGGACACCCAGGUUCAGGACAUGGACGAGGCCUCAGACGAAGAGGAUGAGAACCAGAAAGUCCCACUUCCUCCAGAAACCCCGAUGCCGCCUCUUCUGCCUCCGACUCCGGAUCAGGUCAUUGUCAGGAAGGAUUACGAUCCCAAAG